GCCCGGCUCCGUCACCCCUUUCCCUCCUGUGAGCUGGGCAGAACCGGCCGCUGCUGGCUAGACUGGGCCUCCCUGUGGGCAGGCGCCAGGUCUGCAACAGCUCCAGUCGGCAGCGCCCAGGCGGGGCACGGAGCCGCGGAUCUUCCAGGCUGUUCCAUUUGCAAUUUCAUCCCACGUGUCCGCGGGUCCUCAGAAGUUUGAACAUCAUGAAAAUCCUUUCCCAGUGACUGGCUGCAUUUGCUAAUGGAAUAUAAGGCAGCGCCCCGCGCCCAGCUUCAGUGACUUUUACUGGUGGGCCCCCUUGGCAGGCCUCACUGUUCAUCGAUGGCGCCCUUGGCAGGAACUGAGGGACAGUGGCAGCCAUGCCUUCUCCUGCUCCAACCACCCCUUCCACUGUCUGCUAACCUGCAUGCCGUGGGUGCCCUGGCGACCCCCAGAGGACUGAUCAUCUGAGCCAGCUGCACUCCUGAGUCCCUCAAGAUGUGGCUGGAGUGGCUGGUGGUCUGGAGCUGGUCUCUGGAUGGCCUGAGGGACUGUAUUGCCACCGGCAUCCAGUCUGUGCGGGACUGUGACAGCACAGCUGUCGUCACCGUGGCCUGCCUGCUGGUCAUGUUUGUGUGGUACUGUUACCAUGUGGGCCGAGAGCAGCCUCGACCCCAUGUGUCCGUCAACUCCCUCCUGCAGGGAGUGGAUGCCAACGGGCUACAGAACGGGUCCAUGUACUGCCAGUCACCUGAGUGCGUGCGCUGCACACACCACGAUGGCCUCAACCAGAAGCUUUACCACAACCUGCAGGAGUACGCCAAACGGUACUCAUGGUCCGGCAUGGGCCGUAUCCACAAGGGCAUCCGAGAGCAGGGCCGUUACCUCAGCAGCCAGCCCUCCAUCCAGAAGCCCGAGGUCUUCUUCCUGCCUGAUCUCCCCACUACACCCUACUUCUCCCGGGACGCCCAGAAGCACGACGUGGAGCUGUUGGAGCGGAACUUCCAGGCCAUCCUCUGCGAGUUCGAGACACUCUAUAAGGCCUUUUCUAACUGCAGCCUCCCGCAGGGGUGGAAAGUGAACAGCACCCCCAGCGGGGAGUGGUUCACCUUUGACUUUGUCCACCAGGGCGUUUGUGUCCCCAGGAACUGCAGGAAGUGUCCACGGACGUACCGCUUGCUCGGCAGCCUCCGGACCUGUAUUGGAAACAAUGUUUUUGGGAACGCCUGCAUCUCGGUGCUGAGUCCUGGGACUGUGAUCACGGAGCACUAUGGACCCACCAACAUCCGCAUCCGGUGCCACCUAGGUCUGAAGACUCCCAAUGGCUGUGAGCUGGUGGUGGGGGGUGAGCCCCAGUGCUGGGCGGAAGGUCGCUGCCUGCUCUUCGAUGACUCCUUUCUGCACACUGCAUUCCACGAAGGUUCCGCUGAGGAUGGCCCACGGGUGGUCUUCAUGGUGGAUCUCUGGCACCCCAACGUGGCAGCUGCUGAACGGCAGGCCCUGGAUUUCAUCUUUGCUCCAGGACGAUGAGCGAGGACGUUGCCUGGGCUGGAGCCAGGCUGAGUGGGACCCAGGUGGACUGUGAGGCAGCUCAGUCCCUGCCCUGAUCCACGCUGGACGCUUGAGUGGCUUCCUGCCACAGUGGGAGCCCUCUUUCCUUUGGUUACUGGGAACUUCCUAGGUUUCUUCCCCCUUCCAGUUAUUUGCUGGGACUUCUGGCCUACUAAUGUGUCCCUUGGGCUGUGACCAGAGACUCCGUGUCCCUCAGGUCUGUGACUUUGCUACCUGGUGUCUUCUCCGUGUUCUGGAAUAGAGUAACCAAAUGGCCACUUGUCUGAAUGUAAUCAUCUCAAACUCUGUAGCUGUCUCAAGAGAAAACAAAACAAAACAGCACAGACCGCAAGCCAUUGGGCCCGACAGCUUGGCCUCUGAUGUUGGGGUUCGGAGGACCCUUCACUGUCCCAGAGCAGGAGCUGACCUGCAGCCCGCACACCUGGUUGGCUUCAUUAGGGGCUUGCCAAACACCAUCAGGGCAGUGCGUAGGUCGGGGCCCGGGGAAUCUGUCCUUAUUGCUGUCACCCACAGUCUAUCAGAGCCCUGGUGGCUGUGACCAGGGCCUUUAUUUUAACCACAGCUUCCUACAGUGCUGAUGACCAGUGAGGGCUCCCAGGUCAGCACAGAACAGGGACACACUUAGCUCACUGCCUACCGAAGCCUACUGCCAAGCCAGGCCUGACAUGUGCUGCUGUUGUGGUUUAGAGUCCACCGAGAUGGGCAGGAAUCAUGCUGGGCUGAACCUCUGCCACCAACCGUGUGACCAGAGUGUCCACCAUGCUUUGGAGUCUGUUGCCCAAGAGUUGGCAUUUACUUAGGUGUAUUUAAAUGUUCAGAUGCUAGACUCAGAGACAGCAAAGAGUCAGCCCCAUGUUGGUCAAAACAGUGACUCAAGCCCAUGGCCUGAGGAUACCAAAGCCACAGAUGCCCGAGAGGCAGGGGCAGAGGAGGGUGGCCUGUGUCCCCUUCUAAGAAGGCACAGUGGUGGCAGCCAGGUGCCUUGGGGGCAGCCUGACUGUAAGGUAUUGGCACACAGCCUGAUGCCAGCCAGCAGUCACACGGAUCUGCUGCACCAGGAAAGGAAGAGCGAGGCUUUCCCAGGGCCAAGAUGUUUUUCACCUUCCGCCACGUGCACCGCCAACUAAGCAAUCACUGAGGCUAUUUCUGUGUGUCGCUAGGACCACUGGAGGUGAGAAAGGGGAGCAAGCCAGGGCCUGCUAUGGAAGGAAUCCCCACUUUCUGCUCUUAACAGCUCUUCAUGCCUCUCCAGCCAAGACCACACCAGUUACUUGAUCAGCUCAAGGUCACCAUCAGGUCCUUAGACCCUCACCACUCCUGUGCAUCACUUCUCCAAGGAUGCGCAAGUCCUUUGGUGACAACUGGGGGCUUGGUUGCAUGCAGCCGAGGCAGGUCUUCGGUGUCCCCCACCCCCACGCCACAGCAGCUGCCUUCUCUGUGCUGGGGUGGAAUGCAGACCCAUCUAUAGUUCAGACCUUACUGCUGUUGGGGUUUGAAUCGCCGGGGUUGAGGGUCACGCUCUGCAUAGCGAGGACAGUAAGCAGUGGGUAGGUCUGAACCGUGUUCUGUGUGACGCUGGGUGGGCCACCUGACUCUGGUCUCUACAACAGCCAGUUUGCAAUGAUUGACAACA